AUGGAUCCCGUUUCACAGCCGAAUCGAGAAGUUCGGAUUCUCGAAACUGCGGAAGACAUUCAAGAACGGCGUGAACAAGUGCUUACGCGCUACGCACAGUUCAAACAAGAUGCGAAAGUCAAACGCGAAAAGUUGGAGGAUUCACGAAAGUAUCAGUACUUCAAACGAGAUGCUGACGAACUGGAGUCUUGGAUCUAUGAAAAACUCCAAGCGGCUUCUGACGAGAGUUAUAAAGAUACAACGAACUUGCAAGCAAAGAUUCAAAAGCAUCAAGCAUUCGAGGCUGAAGUAGCCGCUCACAGCAAUGCCAUUGUUACCUUGGAAAACAACGGAUCUGAAAUGAUUCAAUCUGGACACUUCAAUUCUCCCGACAUACGCCAAAAAUUAGACGAGCUCAAGCAGCUAUGGGAGUUGCUUUUGUCGAAACUUGCUGACAAGGGAUUGAAAUUGCAGCAAGCAUUGGUUCUUGUGCAGUUCCUCCGCCAGUGCGACGAAGUUAUGUUCUGGAUUACGGAUAAGGAGGCAAUCGUCAGUUCAGACGAAUUUGGCCACGAUUUUGAGCACGUUGAAGUUCUUCAGCGGAAAUUUGAUGAAUUCCAAAAGGACUUGGUAUCUCAAGAAUACCGCAUCAGUGAGGUUAACUCUUUGGCCUCGCGAUUGGUUGGAGAAGGUCAUCCAGAUCACGACACUAUUAUUCGUCGCAAAGAUGAAUUGAACGAAGCCUGGGAACGCUUGAAGCAACUUGCGCGUGCUCGUGAAGAGAAGCUUUUUGGUGCACACGAGAUUCAGCGGUUCAAUCGCGAUGCUGAUGAGACGAUUGCCUGGAUCACUGAGAAAGAUGUGGUUCUAUCGUCCGAUGACUAUGGUAAAGACUUGGCGUCUGUUCAGACUCUGCAGCGCAAGCACGAGGGAAUCGAAAGAGACCUGGCUGCUCUUGAGGACAAAGUCACCGCUCUUGGUCGUGAAGCGGAACGUUUGUGCAAGAUUCAUUUCGAUCAAGCUCCAGUAAUACAGUGCAAGCUGGAAGAAAUUUCUUCUACUUGGGACGAUCUGCGAAAGAAAGCGGAGGAGCGCAAACGGUGCUUGGAUGACUCUUUCUUGUUACAUCGUUUUCUUGCGGACUACCGAGAUCUUAUCUCGUGGAUCAAUGAUAUGAAGGCUAUCAUUUCUGCUGAUGAGCUCGCCAAGGAUGUUGCAGGAGCAGAAGCGUUGCUUGAGAGGCAUCAGGAACAUCGCGGAGAAAUCGAUGCCCGUGAAGACAGUUUUCGGUCUACGGCAGAAGCUGGACAACAACUGCUCGACAAAGAACACUUCGCUUGCGAAGAAGUCAAGGAGAAACUCAUCCUCCUGGCCAAUGAGAAGACUGGACUGUUGUCGUUAUGGGAGGAGCGAAGGAUUCUGUACGAACAGUGCAUGGAUCUGCAGUUGUUCUACCGCGACACCGAACAAGCUGAUACAUGGAUGGCCAAACAAGAAGCCUUCUUGUCGAACGACGAUCUUGGGGACUCCCUAGAUGGCGUCGAGGCCCUUAUCAAAAAGCACGAAGAUUUCGAGAAGUCUCUGGCAGCCCAAGAGGAAAAAAUAAAGGCUCUUGAUGAGUUUGCUUCCAAACUGAUCGAGAGCCAGCAUUAUGCUGCCGAUGAUGUUGCUCAGCGCCGCGCUUCUCUGUUGGAGAGGCGUAGUGGAUUGUUGGAUAAAUCUGGCAAUCGACGAGUGAUGCUUGACGAUUCUUUCAAACUGCAUCAAUUUGAGCGAGAUUGCGACGAAACCAAGGGGUGGAUCAAUGAGAAACUGAAGGUUGCUCAAGACGAUUCCUAUCUUGACCCGACCAACUUGAAUGGCAAGGUUCAGAAACACCAAAACUUCGAGCAGGAACUCAAUGCCAACAAAUCACGUUUGGAAGACAUCACAUCCACCGGGCAAGAAUUGGUGGAAAGCCGUCAUUAUGCCGAGGACCGCAUUUCGUCCCGCAUGGAAGAAAUCCUUGGCUUGUGGACAUUGCUGGUUGAUUCAACCGAGCGCAAGGGCUCAAAACUGGUAGAAGCAUCCCAACAGCAGCAGUUCAACCGAAGCGUUGAAGAUAUUGAAAUUUGGCUGAGUGAAAUUGAAGCUCAACUCGGAAGCGAAGAUUAUGGCAAGGAUUUGAUGAGCGUGCAGAACCUGCUGAAGAAACAGCAAUUGUUGGAGACAGAUGUUUACUCUCAUCAAGAUCGAAUGGAUGGUGUUCGUAUCGCUUGCGAACAGUUCGUUACUCGUGGUCACUUCGAUGCCGAAAACAUUAAAGCCAAAGCUGCUGCGUUAGAAGCACGAUACAGUGCGUUACAUCCACCGAUGCAGUAUCGCCGGGAGAGAUUGGGACAAUCGCUUGUUGUUCAACAGUUGUUCCGAGAUGUCGAGGACGAGGAGUCAUGGAUUCGUGAGAAAGAACCUUUGGCUGCCUCAACCAACAGAGGAAGAGAUUUAAUUGGAGUCCAAAACUUGAUCAAGAAGCAUCAAGCGGUGGUGGCGGAAAUCAACAAUCACGAGCCUAGGGUGGACAAUGUUGCUGCUAGCGGGGAAACGAUGGUUGAAGAUGGCCAUUUCGCUGCUGAGGAAAUCGUGAGACGCAUUGAUGGAUUGCGGAAAGCCUGGACCUCUCUAAAAGACAAGGCUAUGCAAAGAAAGCAAGAUCUUGACGACUCGAUGCAUGCUCAUCAAUACUACGCGGACGCCAACGAAGCCGAUUCGUGGAUGAAGGAGAAGGAGCCUGUCGUGGACCAGCAGGAAUACGGCAAGGAUGAGGAUUCUGCCGAAGCUUUGCUCAAGAAGCAUGAGGCUCUGAUGUCGGAUUUGGAUGCUUUUGGGUCCACCAUCGCUGCGCUGGGCGACCAGGCCAAAGCAUGCAGGCAACAAGAAACACCCAUGGUCGACUUGAGCGGGAAGGAGUGUGUCAUGGCGCUUUACGAUUACACCGAAAAGUCUCCUCGUGAGGUUUCCAUGAAGAAAGGCGAUGUUCUCACGCUUCUCAAUUCGAAUAAUAAAGAUUGGUGGAAAGUCGAGGUUAACGACCGACAAGGAUUUGUCCCAGCCGCUUACGUCAAGAAAGUUGAGGCUGUUCUAACCGCAUCGCAGCAGAAUCUUGCAGAGAAAAGUUCCAUCUCUGCACGCCAAAACCAGAUUGAGGGUCAAUAUGAAGAUUUGAUGCGUAAAGCGUACGAACGUCAGAAACGCUUGCAGGAAACUGUGAAAGCCUACGCACUUGUGCGAGAAGCCUCGGAACUGGGGCAAUGGAUCAAAGACAAGGAACAAUUUGCGCAGUUCGAAGAUAUCGGUGAAGACCUGGAGCAGGUCGAGGUCAUGCAGAAGAAGUUCGAUGAUUUCCAAGCUGAUGUUAAGGCAAAUGAAGUUCGACUUGCCGAAAUGAACGAAUUCGCUCUGCAGCUCAUGAGUCUUGGUCAGACGGAAGCUGCCCUGAAAAUCCAGACCCAGAUCAAGGAUCUGAACCAGAAGUGGGGAAAACUUCAACAAGUUACUGAGCAGCGUGCACAGCAGCUCGGUUCUGCUCAUGAAGUUCAACGUUUCCAUCGUGACAUUGAUGAGACGAAGGACUGGAUGAAUGAGAAAGUUGAAGCUUUGGACAGUGAUGACUACGGUAAGGACUUGCGCUCAGUGCAGGCACUGCAACGAAAACACGAAGGCCUCGAACGUGACCUUGCUGCAUUGGAAGACAAGCUGAAACAAUUGAACGAAGGAGCCGGUAGGUUGGGAAGUACUCAUCCUGAAGCUGAAGAAGCCAUUUUCGAGAAGCGAGAAGAAAUAAAUCGGGAAUGGACCCAAAUAACGGAAAAAGCCAUUAAGCGCAAAGAGCGUCUUCUGGAUUCUUACGACUUGCACCGUUUCCUGUCGGACUACCGUGAUUUGUCAAAUUGGAUACAUUCAAUGAUGGCUUUGGUAUCAUCUGAAGAGUUGGCCGAUGAUGUCACUGGUGCCGAGGCGUUGCUGGAGCGCCACCAGGAACAUCGCACUGAAAUAGAAGCUCGCUCUGGAACUUUCCAAGCAUUCGAAAUGUUCGGUCAGCAAUUGCUGGAGUCAAAUCACUACGCCUCAGCCCAAGUUCAGGAAAAGUUGGAGGCUAUGAAUGAAGCCCGACAGGAACUUGAGAAAGCCUGGAUCGCCCGACGUAUGAAAUUGGACAAGUGCUUGGAACUUCAAUUGUUUUAUCGCGAUUGCGAACAAGCUGAGAACUGGAUGACUUCUCGAGAGACUUUCUUGUCUCAAGAUGAAGUCGAUGGCUCGAAGGGUGUUGAAGAUAACGUGGAAGCACUCAUCAAGAAGCAUGAAGAUUUCGACAAGGCCAUCAACGCGCAGGAAGAAAAAAUUGCCGCGUUGCAGGCAUUCGCUAACCAACUGAUCGCCGAUGAUCACUACGCCGCUCGUGAUGUAGAUGACAAGAAGGAGGAAGUGCUGAACAGAUGGGACAAACUGAAGGAAGCUCUGAUCGACAAGCGAUCUAAGCUGGGUGAAUCGCAAAGCUUGCAGCAAUUCAGUCGCGAUGCGGAAGAAAUUGAGGCCUGGAUGACUGAAAAACUUCAGCUUGCGUCUGAAGAGAGCUACCGAGACCCGGCGAACAUUCAGAGCAAGCACCAGAAACAUCAGGCCUUUGAAGCCGAAUUGGCUGCUAACGCUGAGAGAAUCCAAACCGUUCUUGCUGCUGGACAAAAUCUAAUCGAUAAACAUCAAUGCGCUGAUUCCGAAGAAGCUGUUCAAAGCCGACUGCAAUCGAUUGCUGAUCAAUGGGAAUUCUUGACGAAGAAAAGCUCGGAAAAAUCUAUGAAGUUGAAGGAAGCGAAUAAGCAGCGUACCUAUAUUGCAGCCGUGAAAGAUCUGGAUUUCUGGCUUGGCGAAGUCGAGAGCUUGUUGACGAGCGAAGAUAGUGGCAAAGAUUUGGCAUCAGUGCAAAACCUGAUCAAGAAACAUCAGCUCGUGGAAGCCGACAUCGGUGCCCACGAAGACAGGAUCCGAGACAUGAAUUCUCAAGCGGAUUCCCUGAUUGAAUCCGGCCAGUUUGAAGCGAGCCCUAUUCAAGAGAAACGAGAAUCCAUCAAUGAACGUUAUGAGCGAAUCAAGAAUCUGGCUGCUCAUCGCAACGCUCGCCUGUCCGAAGCAAAUACGCUGCAUCAAUUCUUCCGCGACAUCGCGGAUGAGGAAUCCUGGAUCAAAGAGAAGAAACUUCUCGUUAGCUCCGAUGACUACGGUCGAGAUCUGACUGGCGUUCAAAAUUUGAAGAAGAAGCACAAGCGUCUUGAAGCGGAAUUGGCGUCGCACGAACCUGCCAUUCAGGAUGUGCAAGAAGCUGGAGAAAGGCUCAUGGAUGUUUCGAAUCUGGGAGUUCCUGAAAUCGAGCAAAGAUUGAACAACUUGAACGCGGCCUGGUCCGAUUUGAAGAAUUUGAGUGCCACACGUGGACAGAAACUGGACCAGUCAUUGAUUUAUCAACAGUUCUUGGCUAAGGUUGAAGAGGAAGAAGCCUGGAUCAGGUCAGUUGGCUUAUUUGAAAAAAUGAAAACUGUUCGAAUUCUGACGGUUCGUUCGCAUUCCAGCGAGAAACAACAACUUCUCACUGUGGACGAUUUCGGUGACACAAUGGCUGGAGUUCAAGGACUACUUAAGAAGCACGAAGCAUUCGAAACUGAUCUAGCGGUUCACCGCGAUCGGUGCGAAGAAAUUCGCAGUGCUGGAAACGAGCUGGUGAAUGAUGGGAAUCAUCACGCGGACUCCAUCUUAUCUCGCGUUUCCCAGCUUGCGAGCAAACUUGAUGAUUUGGAUGCCCUGGCUAAUCGCCGAAAGCACCGCUUGCUUGACAAUUCUGCUUAUUUGCAAUUUAUGUGGAAGGCAGAUGUUGUUGAGUCCUGGAUUUCGGACAAGGAGACGCAUGUGCGGAGUGAUGAAUUUGGAAGAGACCUUUCAUCCGUUCAAACUCUUCUGACGAAGCAGGAGACGUUCGAUGCUGGUCUCCAUGCGUUUGAGUUGGAAGGUAUUCAGAACAUCACUGCGUUGAAAGAUCAGCUGGUCGAAGCUAAACACGAACAGGCUGCUGGUAUCAUGCGUCGUCACGAGGACGUCAUUGGUCGGUGGCAGAAGCUUUUGAGUGCUUCGGAUGCUCGCAAGCAGCGAUUGAUUCACAUGCAGGAUCAAUUUAGAGAAAUUGAGGAGCUGUAUUUGAUCUUUGCGAAGAAGGCGUCUGGAUUCAAUUCUUGGUUCGAGAAUGCCGAGGAAGACUUGACUGACCCAGUUCGUUGCAACUCGAUCGAGGAAAUCCGCACGUUGAGAGACGUUCAUGAUCAAUUCCUCGCUUCCCUUUCAUCUGCCCAAACCGACUUCGAGGGACUCGCAGCUUUGGACCAAAGAAUCAAGAGCUACAACGUUGGGCCAAAUCCGUACACGUGGUUCACAAUGGAGGCCCUGGAAGACACGUGGCGAAAUCUGCAAAAGAUCAUCAAGGAACGUGACGCCGAACUUAAGAAGGAAACUGGGCGGCAGGAAGAGAAUGAUCGACUCCGCAAAGAAUUCGCUGCCCACGCGAACGCUUUCCACAUGUGGCUCGCUGAAACGCGAUCGUCAAUGAUGGAAGGCACUGGGGGAUUGGAGCAACAACUGGAGGCCAUAAAGCGCAAAGCCGGUGAAGUUCGAGCCCGUAAGACUGACUUGAAGAAGAUCGAGGAACUUGGUGCGGUGUUGGAGGAACACUUGAUCAUGGAUAACCGUUACACUGAACACUCGACCGUCGGGCUGGCUCAACAAUGGGAUCAGCUUGACCAGCUUGGAAUGCGCAUGCAGCACAACUUGGAACAGCAAAUUCAAGCAAGAAAUCAAUCCGGUGUAUCUGAAGACGCCUUGAAGGAAUUUUCAAUGAUGUUCAAGCAUUUCGACAAGGAACGCAGCGGUCGGUUGAAUCACCAGGAAUUCAAGAGUUGCUUACGUGCUCUUGGGUACGAUUUGCCGAUGGUAGAAGAGGGAAAACCUGAUCCUGAAUUCGAGCAGAUCCUAGAUGUGGUAGAUCCGAACCGCGAUGGCUGCGUCAGCUUACAGGAAUACAUGGCGUUCUUGAUCAGCAAAGAAACCGAGAACGUUCAAAGCCUGGAGGAGAUCGAAAACGCCUUCCGAGCCAUUACAUCUGGCGAACGUCCUUACGUAACCCAGGAUGAAUUGAACUCGAACUUGACUCGAAUCAUGGCCGACUAUUGCGUUGCGAGGAUGAAACCAUACAUUGAUCCAAAGACUGAAAGAGAGAUACCGAAUGCGUUUGACUACGUACACUUCACGCGAACGUUGUUCCAGCAAUAACAAAAUCGGAUGCGCAGCUCCCAUGGUUUUCCUCUCGUGCAUUUAGUGCGGUUAUGCUUUGUGACUUUCAUUUUCGGGGACCUUUCGUUCGCUUGUACACUGAGCGUGGAAUUUCGAUAUCUUUUCUAACUCGCCAUUUUAUUUUUGUCGAGGCAGCUGCGUCGCUUUUUUUUUCUUGCGUUAUUUAUUCGUGUUACUUGUUCAUUGUAAAGUCGCUUCCAAGUACUCGUUCGGCUGACGCUAAUUAAUCAUCCGGUGCGUCAACGUGUAGUUAGCCUUCGGCGAUUUUCCCCGAGCCUUCGAGUUUCACCAUUGGUAAUGUGCUUGACACUGUCGCGUCUUUCAGCUACUUGCAAGCGCUCCGAUUGGGUAGAUAGCGACAAGUAUCAAAACAAGAGAUAGAGCCAAGAAGUGGCAUUUGAAUGCUGAAAUUUUGACGGAGACACCGCGUUCCGGUUCGCACUUCUCUGCCGAUGCUCCGCGCGUUAUGUUCAGUGGACUCUUUAAUUUUCGUUUGUGCAUAUGCAUUGUUAGCGUAACCCGAUCAAAUACAUCGUAAAUGCUGCAUUGAA